UCGGUUGUGUUGUGGUCAGUGAAGCGGGUGUAGAGGCGCCAGAGAGCUCGAGGAGCCGGACACUGAAUAUGUCUCGGAAAAUGAACAGGAAAGUAAACAUCUCUAGCUCUCUGGAGUCUGAAGACAUCAGCCUGGAAACAACAGUGCCCACAGAUGACAUUUCCUCAUCUGAGGAGCGAACUGGUUCUACUAAGAUCACCAGACAGCUGAUCGAAAGGAAGGAGCUUCUUCACAAUCUGCAGCUUCUGAAGAUAGAGCUGUCCCAAAAGAACCUGAUGAUUGACAACCUGAAAGGAGAAUACCUGACCAAAAUUGAGGAGCUUGAAGAGAAAUUAAAUGACACUGUUCAUCAGAAACAGUUACUGGCUUUAAGACUUGAAACACAAACCAAAAUCCAGCAGGAAGACACCAGAAAAUAUCAAGAACAAAUGAAAAAAGAAAUGGAAACAAUUCUGUCGAGGCUCAAACAAUCGGAAGAAACAAAUCGGCAGCUGAGGGAGCGUGCAGGGAGUAUACGUCGUAGCUUACGUGACCUGGAGUUAUCUAAGGAAAACUAUGACCAUCUGAGUGGCCUUCCUGAGGACCAGCUCUCUAUUCCUGAAUAUGUGUCUGUUCGUUUCUAUGAAACCGUCCAACCACUCAAAAGUAAAAUAAGUGACCUCCAAAUGAAGAAUGAGAACCAGUUUGAAGAGAUGACUGGAUACAAACAGCAGCUGAAGACUUUGACAGAAAGUUAUGAAGAAGAGAGGAGAUGCCGCUCCGAGCUGGAUACAAGAUGUCAGAGGUUGACGCUGCAGCUGGCUGACACUAAAAAGCUCAUUCACCAGGGCGACUUUAAGAUAGAAAAUUAUGACAAAGUCAAAAGCGAACGAGAUUCACUUGAACGAGAAUUAUUAGAACUCCGGAGAAAGUUUGAAAUACUGGAGGCUACAAAUAAGACACAAUCGAAGGAAAGAAAUGAUUUAGCUCAGGAGGUCAGCACACUGCGACAGUCUGUUUCCCUGCUGCAAAAAGAUAAAGAAUUCUUAAACCGACAGAACAUGGAACUGAAUGUUCGCUGUGCCCAUGAAGAGGACCGCUUGGAGAGACUUCAAAGCCAGCUGGAAGAUGCUAAAAAAGCUAGAGAAGAUCUGUAUGAAAAAUAUGUAGCUUCUAGAGACCAUUAUAGAGCAGAAUAUGAAAGCAAACUGCGUGAUGAACUGGAACAAAUUAAACUGAAGACAAAUCAAGAAAUUGAUCAGCUACGUGGGGCUUCAAAGGAGAUGUAUGAGCGGGAAAACAGGAAUUUAAGGGAAGCAAAGGACAAUGCUGUUUCUGAGAAAGAGCGAGCAGUUGCUGCUGAAAGAGAAACGUUGGCUAAAUAUGACCAGAUAUUAGAACAAUUCAGACAGUUGCAGCUGGGUACAGAGAGCAAAAUGUCUGAGCUUCUUCAUCAAGCCAAGAUUAAAUCUUUUGAGGCUGAACGUGCCCACAUGGUAUUGGAAGAGACCACAGACAACCUACAGAAGUGUCAACUAGAGUGUGAGAAGUAUCAGAAAAAGCUAGAGGUUCUAACAAAGGAAUUUUACGCUCUUCAAGCCUCCACAGAAAAGCGAGUUACAGAGCUACAGGCUCAGAAUUCUGAACAACGCACAAGGCUGGAUACAUAUGAAAAGUUGGAACAGGAGCUGGAUGAUGUCAUAAUUCAGUCUGCACAAAUGGAAGAUGAAGCUGAAGCUGAAAGAGUAUUGUUUUCAUUUGGAUAUGGAGCGAAUAUCCCAACUACAGCUAAACGAAGGCUAAAGCAAAGUGUACACCUGGCAAGAAGACUUCUGCAGCUAGAGAGACAAAAUACCUCACUGACUAAAGAUUUAGAGCACCAGAAGGAGCAAGCUAAAAAAGUUUCAGUGGAGUUGGAUAGAACCAACUCCCUCUUAAGUCAAGUUCACCAGCCAUACCAAUACCUCAUUGAAUCCGUGCGUCAAAGAGACAUCCAAAUAGACUCUCUUAAGGACCAGAUUUCAAAACUUGAAAAAGAUGUGAGUAAGUUAAAUAAAGAAAAGUCUUCUCUACUCCGUGUCAAGAACCAAAUGGCGGCAGAUUUGGAGAAGCUCCUAAGUCAUCGAGAGGAGUUGGCUGAAAUGAAGCAAGUUUUACUUGGUCUUCAGAAAAAGCAACCAGUGGAAGUUUUAUCUCGCUCGAAAGAACAUGUGAGGAAUUGCACUACUAAAGUGGAACCUGCGUCACCAGAACCUGCAUUGCAGUCUUGCCAGGAUGUAAAUGUAUUUAUACCUCAACCAACUCUGUUUACAAAGAAGAAAGCUCCAGAAUGGUACAAACGAUGAGGAAGACCAUUCUUUCCACUGAAGCUUUUAAUUUCUGUUUUAUUUAAUCAUGUGAUAAUACUUAUUUUUUUAAUACUUUAUAUUAAAAAUUGGCAUAAGCCUUUCAAUAAAUACUAUCACAUUGUCAUAACUUAUGUGUAUCUUGACACAUAUUUUAAAUGCAUUAAAUCUGGUUGUCCGGCUGCACUCACAGUGCUCUGCCCUCAUGUACAGGCCUAGUAAACACCCUCUCAUGACAACAGUGCUAUAAAGAAUGUCCGGUCACUUAAAACAUGGUAAAAAAUGGGUCAGAAUGGUGUCAUAGAACACAUCUUUUGAUGAUAGCACUCAUCACCAAAAGAUUAUACUUUAUUAUAUUAGGAUAAAUGUAGACUGCAGGAUGUUACCUACCGUAUAUACUCGAGUAUAAGCCAAGUUUUUCAGCACGAUUUUUCGUGCUGAAAACACCCCCUCGGCUUAUACUCGAGUGAACUCUCCGCCUGUCAAUCCCUUCUCAGUGGUCUUCAACCUGCGG